ACCACAUCAAUACAAUACUUACGUUCUUCUUGAAGCGAUCUCACCAUGGAGACAGAACUAAAACAACUCUUCGAGGCGGCGAAGAAGGCGGCGGACGCCGCCGCGACCGACGACGGACACCCGGAAUCUUCGCCGGAGGAAGAUCGAUGUAUUGACGCCUUAAAAGCGUUGAAAAAGUUUCCUGUUAAUUAUCAAGUUCUUGUUUCCACUCAGGUGGGAAAGCAGCUUCGUCGACUAACAAAACACCCGAGAAAGAAGAUCCAGUCAUUGGCGGCCGAGCUAGUCGAAAUUUGGAAAAAUAUAAUAGUCGAAGAAACAUUAAAGAAUAAGAAAAACGGUAGCUUGGAUACGAAAGGAUCUUUUAAAUCCGAGCAUGGAGCCGAUACAUCCGAUAAGAAAGUCUCGAGAGUCAACUCCGUCAAGGUUGAAAAACACGCCGCAUCAUCAUCAUCGUCAGACAAAAACGUUGACGUUGUCAAGGUUGAAAAACAUGCCAUGUCAUCAUCAUCUUCAGACAAAAACGUUAACGUUGUCAAAGUCGAAAAGCGAGAAGAUAUCAAAGUCGAGCGGACAAAUAAACCGACAGUAAACAAUGUGGGCCCGCCAAAGUUGACUUCGCUUGUUUAUUGUAAGGAUCCGGUAAGAGACAAAGUUCGUGAACUUCUUUCGGAGGCGUUAUGCAAAGUUCCGGGAGAGGUCGAGGAUGAAUUACGGGACGAAGUGGAUGCAUCGGACCCGUACCGCGUAGCCGUUUCGGUGGAGUCCGCUAUGUUUGAGAAAUGGGGGAGAUCCAACGGUGCACAGAAGUUCAAAUACCGAUCGAUAAUGUUCAAUAUUAAGGAUCCGAAAAACCCGGAUUUCCGACGGAAGGUGUUGCUCGGGCAUGUGAAGCCGGAACGGAUUCUGGAGUUGACGCCCGAAGAGAUGGCGAGCACCGAACGGCAGAUGGAGAAUGUGAAGAUUAAGGAGAAAGCGUUGUUUGAUUGCGAACGUGGUGGCCCACCGAAGGCAACGACCGAUCAGUUUAAGUGUGGUCGAUGUGGGAAACGGAAGUGCACUUAUUAUCAGUUGCAGACUCGGAGUGCGGAUGAACCUAUGACCACGUUUGUAACGUGCGUAAACUGUGAUAAUCAUUGGAAAUUCUGUUAAAUUCAAGUGAAAUAAACUUUCCAACUGUUAUAAUUUUUUUCAUUUUUUCGGAGACAUUUGUUUGAAGCAUUUAGUUAUAUGCUUCUUAGACUUUGAUUCUAUUUAUGCUGUUAGUUUUUGAACAAUCGUUCGCA